AUGUCAGACGUUAAUAGUCAACGCGCUACUAAUAAUUUUAAUUCGCAGCAUAAUGCCAUAGGAGCUUGGUUUCUUGGUCCCCAAGCCGAAAAUUUCGUUUAUUUGCAAAAAAUUUUUAAUAAUGUUGCGGAACACCAAAUGGAAGCAAGAAAAAAAUACUUUCCAGACGACUUGCCUUUCAUUAAUUCCGGAACACAAGCCUCCCCAGAGUUCCAAGAAAGCAUGAACAAACUUGAAGGAACACUCAGGUGUCUUAUGGGACAUCUGUCGGAUCAUUCGGUCCCCUUCUGGUCGCCUCGUUACAUGGGGCACAUGAACACGGAUACAUCUCUGCCUGCAAAUGUUGGUUAUCUAACGACAAUGUUUUUUAAUCAAAAUAACGUAAGUGCGGAAGGAGGCCCUUUGACAACUUUAAUCGAGAUUGAAGUUGGAAAACAGUUAUGCGAAAUGAUAGGAUACAACAUUGAUUCUGAAAAUAAGAAUGAACCUGUUGGAUGGGGUCAUAUAACUAGUGGUGGUUCGAAUUGCGUACUUCAAUCAUACUUACGAUGUUAUUUAAAUCAUAGGGCGGCUCGGAAUCUCAAAUUCUAUCCUCUGUCGCUUCGAAGAGCUUCAGAUCACACAGAGCCCCUAAACUUCAUCGCGGAUAGCUUUAAGGUUGAACUCUGCGAUGGAACGCAGAAGUUGUUAAAAGAUUGUUCCACUUGGGAGAUGCUUAACAUAAAAGCGCAAACGAUAUUGGAUUUCCCAGAGCGGCUAUCCAAGGAAUAUAACAUAUCUGAACAAUACUUGGAAUCCGUUAUGCACAAUUAUAUAAUUCAAACGGUAGGAAAAGAUGCCCUAAAAAAGCAUUUUGGGGUUACCAAACGAACUCUCUAUUUUGUGGGUGCCUCCAAACAUUAUUCAUGGCCUAAGGCAGCUGCCGUCACUGGCAUAGGGUCGGAAAAUCUAAGGAGCAUCCCAGUGAAUAACGCGGCUCGUAUGGAUUCUGAUGCCCUUGACAAGCUUCUUCAACAGUGUCUCGAAAAUCAGCAAGCUGUUUAUGCAGUUGUAACUAUUAUGGGAUCUACCGAGCAUGGAGCUGUUGACCCAUUAUCUCAGGUGGUGAAAUUGCGGGAGAAAUAUGAAAAGUUAGGACUCACAUUUGUCAUCCAUGCUGAUGCUGCAUGGGGUGGAUAUUUUGCGUCAAUGAUUUGUAAAACGCCCGAAGAUAGAGCCAUUCACUCUCCUGAUCCCAAUAUGGAUUAUGUUCCCACCUUAGCAUUACGGCCUUAUACCGAAAAUGAAUUAAAACAUUUGAAAUUUUGCGAUUCUAUCACUGUUGAUCCUCACAAGAGUGGAUACUGCCCGUAUCCAGCUGGUUCGUUGUUAUAUCGAGAUGGAAGAAUGAAACACAUGACAACCUGGAAAAGCCCCGUGGUUUUUCAGGAUUCUGAUUACGAAUGCAUUGGUAUAUAUGGUAUAGAGGGCAGUAAGCCAGGAUCAUCAUCCGUAGGUGUUUGGUUUUCCCAUGAAAUCAUUGGACUCCAUUCUAAUGGAUAUGGUGCAUUGUUAGGUGAAGCAACAUUUACCUGCACGAAGAUGUAUACUCACUGGGCCACCAUGUCGACCGAUGACACCUCAUUUAUCGUUGUACCAUUUAACCCACUCCCGGCUGAACUUGAAGGUCAAACUUCUGAGGAGAUUGAAGCACAAAAGGAAUUUAUACGCCAGAGAAUAGUUAAUCGGCCAAACAUAGAUCUUAUAAAAGACGAAGAUGCAUUAGAAUUGAUUAAAAAGCUUGGUUCCGAUCUAAUUAUUAAUACCUUUGCUUGUAAUUUUCGUAUCGAUGGCAAGGUCAACGAAGAUGUAAUUGAAGCAAAUACUUUCAACCGACGCAUUUACGAACGUUUUUCAAUCCGGAAAAUAACCGACAAAAUGAAUACGAAACCACUAGUUAUAACUUCUACGAUGUUGUCACAAAAAGCUUACGGAGAAUGCCUGACUAAUUUUAAGAGACGUCUCGGUCUCAAAGGAGAUCAAGAUUUGUAUAUACUUGUGAAUGUAGUAAUGUCACCAUUUCCUACAGUAGGAAAUUUCAUUGGGGAGUUGGCGAACGAAUUUAAAAAAGUCGCGGAAGAAGAGGUGAAGGUCUCCAUCAAGCAUAAUAAGUCGAGCCCGGAUCGCCAUGGCUUCAUAAUGCAAGGGACAGACAGUCUUUAUCUUGUUCAUCUACCCAUGUUUUAUAUGGAGAACCACAACCAUCAACUAAUUCUUCAGGCCGAGUUACCUCCAGAUGUUAUGGAAAAAUAUAUUGAAGUGAGGCAACAAGAUCCGAAACUGAUUAUGAUGCUCGGAAACAUAGAAGAGACGACUCUUAACGAUAUAAUAGUCAAGAAAGAAUUCAAAGCGGAGAUCUACAAAGGCCUACCAGAUGGCAGCGGCUCGUACUGGAUGACCGGUGUUCCGGUAAAAAAUGUCCGGGUCAUCAAAAAACGUGGACUCCGGCCAAACUAUCUUGAUACACACUAUCCGAAAGGCCACAUGCCAUUUUACCUUUAUGGUACGGAGAAGCAAUUACACAUCGAUCAUCUUUUAGUCAAGGCGCCGAACAUUCACAUUAGCGCCGAUCAAGUGAAGCUCGAACUUGAGUCAGGCACCUUGGAUAAAACUCGCAGUGAAAUUGGAGUGCUUGCACAUAUCACUUCUAUUAAUGAAAUCGUUAUGCAACCUUUUAAGAAUAACAGUAAGUUAGAAGAAGAAUUCAUCAUCAAACCUGGAGCGAAAUUUGAUAUUGAGCUUUAUGAUGAUCCAGUCAAAGAUCCAGAGGCAAAUGGACCUGGUUUGAACGAUGUCUCAAAGAUUGCACCAUUUGCAAAAGGCACGAUUACUCUGGGAUCUAAUGUGUGGUUAGAUACUGAUAUGUUGAACGAGGAUCAUUUAGAUCACCCAGUAUGCGCCGCAAAAUGGAGGGAACGUUUUGCAGAUUUGUUGAGCGAACAUGAACGAUAUUGGACUUGUCCCUUACACUCGUAA